AUGAUGAAAUCUACUUCUCUUCUCACGUUCGCCUGCUUAAUGCUACCCUUUUUGGCAUCAAGCAGUGCAAGCUUCUCCGACUGUCGCCCAAAGUAUAGCGGCAACAUUGCCAUCAAUAACAAUCAAGUUGGUAUCAAUGGCGAAUUUGCAUUCUUAGGUAAAGUUGCUCAAGGUUUUACACCAGUCAACUUUGUCUUUUACGAAUGCAAGAUCGCAGGUUACAGCCGUUCUCCCGAUGAAUACGGUUUCAUAAUCGCAAAUGGAGUCGACAAAAGUAAGUGUGCAACAGCACUUCCACACAACGAUGAGAAUUCUUGGGCAACGAUCGAUCAUCAUGAAUGCGACUAUAAUGGAGCAAAUAAAGAACAAAUCAACCGUCAAUUAGUUUACGCAAACUACUACCGUCCAGGCGGUGGAGAUGCAGUGAUUGAUAUCACAUUCCAGGGAAGUCCAAAAACUGAAACAAAUACAGGCUUUACCUUGAGACAUGCAUCUUUCUACGAUCAACAAACAAAGGGAAUUAAAGAAGGAUCAGUCAUCAUCGAUAACAAGACGUACAAUUUGGGUUAUGACACUUUAGCCUUGCAUGAUGUUGUCAUCCUGCCAUCCGAUUCAAUGGUACCAGGUCAGCCAACCACAAAUGAGCAGAAGAUUAAGAACGAUUUGGGAAAGAAUGGUUUCACACCCUCAGCCAGUGCUCAAGCAGCUUACUCAUCCAGCAAGAAGAUCUUCUGAGGUGUUGCCUGCUGGAAAGCUUUCUCUCUAAUUUUGACCAUUACGAAUCUGCAAUGCUGCAGAAAUGCGUCACUCUCCCAUUUUUAUCACUUCUCUUUUGUGUACAUUUCCACGAUAAGAGAAAAAAAAUUAUCCAGAUUUAUCCAUGCUUGCGCCUUUGAUGUAUUUAUGAACACCUUAGAUUGUGAGCAUGUUCGAAAUAUUCUAUCUUGAACAUGACGGAUAGACGCAUGGAUGUAUGCGCGAGAUCUCAAUGAUGAGGGUGGUGUGUGAAAGAGGAAGAUGUGAGAAUUUGUGCCUCCAGAUUGUUACGCAUAGGCUACUUUUGAUAGGUUGCCAGGAUGCAGCUCAAAUUCUUUUCGUUGAAGGGAUUGACCUCUCAGUCUUUCUUCUGAGUUCAUCACAGGAACACCUGCGAGUCAGGCUAGUGUGAUAUGUCCGCUGGCAAUACAUUGUUUGACAGCAAGAUCAGAUCAGAU